AUGGCGGACCAGAACAAGACAAUGCGCGCUUGGCAGCUCAGCGGCCCCGGGGACGUGACCAAAACCCUCCAGCUCAACGAUGCCGCUCCCUACCCUUCACAGCCACUGAAGAAGGGUCAAGUGCUCACUCAAGUCAAGGCGGCGGCUAUCAACCCAGCCGACUACAAGUUCCCCGCCCUCCCCGUCGUUAGCCGAUUGAUGGUCAGUGCCGGCAAGAUCCCCGGCAUGGAUUGCGCCGGCGUGGUCGUCAAGGCAGGCCCCGAUUCUCCCUACAAGGCAGGCGACCGGGUUUUUGGCCGCGUCGACCCCCGUGCUGGUCAGGGUACGCUGGCCGAGUACACAAUUCUGGAACACGAGGGCAGUGCCAAGAUCGCCGAUAACGUCUCGUUUGAGCAGGCUGCCGGCGCAAACACCGCUGCAUUGACGGGUCUGCAACCCAUCGCCGCCAACAUCAAGGAGGGCUCGGGCGCCAAGGUGUUCGUCAAUGGAGGCGCCGGCGGCACGGGCACUUAUGCCAUCCAGAUUGCCAAGCAGCUCGGCUGCCACGUCACCGCUACAUGCUCCACGGCCAAGGCCCAGUUGUGCAAGGACCUGGGUGCCGACGAGAUCAUCGACUACAAGACGUCUGACGUGGUUGCGGAGCUCAAGAAGAAGGGACAGGUCUUUGACCUCGCUGUCGACCUCGUCGGCUUUUCGCCUGGAAACUUGUACACCAGCUCGUCCGACUAUCUCAAACCUGAGGCCAAGUACGUCGCGGUAGGCGGCGCUGCGAACUCGGCUGUCGUCACGAGCAUGGUCAAGGGUUUGGUGUUGCCAGGCUUUCUGGGUGGCGGCAAGCGCAAGAUGGAGUUCUACAUGACGUCCAACAACCACAAGGAUUUGUCCCGGAUUUCGGACUGGCUGGCCAAUGGCAAGCUCAAGACGGUGACUCACAAGACUUUUCCCUUUGAGCAAGUCAAGGAGGCGUACGAGGAGCUGAAGACGGGAAGAGCGUCUGUAACCAGCUAUAACCCGACGCUCAGGAUGUGCGUCAAGGCUUGCGACAAAUAUACCUGCGGGACCCAUUCCUUCUCAAGGUUGAUCCGCUGCGACAUCGCCAGGCUUAAUGGUAGAGUACCUGAUGCCGAAAACAUGUGCGAAACGGUUAGCACAGUCUUUGUGAGCAUCAAAAUCCCGUGUCCCAACCAAGCGUGUGCGCCGGCCGUGAUAUCUACUUUGGAAUAUGGUAGUGGUGUUCGCACUUUGCGCGGGGGCAACCGUAACGCCAGCGAAACGGUUUUGGUGACAAAUGCUGUUGUGGUCAAGAUGCUUAGGGAUGCUGUGAGCAGAGAACCAGCAGCCUCGUCUCAGAACUACACCCUAUGCGUAUGUUUAUCAGAAGGCUGUGGCUGCUAG